AUGAGUUCCCACUCCGUCAUGCAGCUCAACAAUAUCAUGCAGGCUCGCCAUGGAGCAUCCUUCGCUGCUCACAUGAGGUACGAGGAAAAACGUAGCGGCCCGGAGAACCUUACUGUGUGGACCAUGACUUGUUUUAUCGAUGACAUGAAAUACGGUGAGGCGUCGGCGACAAGCAAGAAGGCUGCGAGAGAGGCUGCCGCUCAGAAGACCAUCGAAAUGAUGGAGGCCGAGUAG